CAGUCUAUAUUAAGAUUUCACUUGUAUCACGUAGGAAGAGACAAUUUGAACUAGAAAAUAUGAAGAAAAACUGAUAAAUUGUUAUAUUUUUUAUAAGAUUUAUUUUUAUAUUAUGCAAUUUUUUUAAAUGUGUUCGAAACGUUCUUGAUAUGCUAGUUAAAUGCCUUGUUGCCUAAAUUUUGGAAGAUCUAAUAGAGUAUCCCCCCAGCCUGAAUUUAGCGAAGAAUAUCGCUUGGAAAAGAUAAGAGACGAUCGUCAGCUGUGUGUAAGGCAUGUUAAUAGACACCAAAGACCAAGAACGAUUAAAGAGAAUGAACCACUCCUUAAUUUCGAAGAUUUAGGAAAACUUCAAGUGCCUCUUGUUUCACCAGAAAACAUUGUUAUUUUCUUUAUUCAUGGGGUUGGAGGUUCCUCCGAUAUCUGGAAGAGUCAGAUUGAAUAUUUCUCAAAUCUUGGUUACGAAGUUGUCUCUCCUGAUUUAAUAGGUCAUGGAUUUAGUGACGCACCAAGGGAUCAACAAGCUUAUCGUUUUGACGAAAUAUCGAAAGAUAUUUUGGAAAUAUUUGACACACGAUGUAGCACUUGGAAUGUUGUUGUUGGUCAUUCUUACGGGUGCUGCUUUGCAGCUAUUCUCGCUCGUCAACGUCCUCAUUUAGUAUCUCGUUUAAUAAUGGUCUCAGGUGGUGGACCUACACCUCUAGCACCUCAAACUGGGAUUUUUUCCCUCCCUACACCAGUAUUAUCUUGUUGUCAGCCUGUCUUAAGUAGAGUAUUUAAUAAGUUCGCUUAUGAUGAUCCAUUGAUUGCGGAAAGACGUCCCGCUUUUGAUGUGCCGACUUACGUUCUCAGGAAUACUAUGAGAGGACAAAUUUGGCUUUCUGGUGACGCUUCUUACCACAGCCGAAUUUCCUGCCCAACCCUUAUACUUCAUGGAGCGGCAGAUAAACUAGUGAAAAUACAAGAAGAGGAGGAAAUGAAAGCUGUAAUCCGAUAUUCAACUUUAGAAGUAUUACAACAAGCUGGUCAUAUGGUUAUGAUGGAACGUCCGAAAGAAAGAAAUAGAUACACAGGUUUAUUUGAUGCUGUUAAUGAAGAAAAGAAGAAAUCGUCCAACAAUAUAUUCACAGCCAUUUACUACAUCUUUCUCGGUGGUAGCUUAUUUGCUAUAAUGUUUACACCAUGGCCAGCAGAAUUUGCUAACAAAAUGGUGGGAAGAGUAGAUUCUGCGUCUCCAACUGUGGAGGAAAAUCCAUCAUCAGAUAAGGUAGAAGAAGAGGAACACGGAGAAGCAAAGAAGAAAGUUGGCUUUAGAGAUAGAAAGAUUAUCGAAUAUGAAAACAGAAUUCGAGACUAUUCGACUCCGGAUAAGAUAUUUCGUUAUUUUGCAACUCUGAAAGUUUAUCAUGAUCCUCAUAUAUCGGAGGUUUAUAUGACUCCCGAUGACUUCCUAAGAUCAAUUACACCUGGGGUAAAACAGCCAGACGGUCUAGGCUUAGAUCAGUUCAGGAAAUACGAUCCAAAGAAUAAACAUAAAGUCUCUUCAAUCCUAUCACCCGAUAGCAUAUUCUAUAAACUCGGUCAAAGUGGUCUUAUUUCAUUUUCUGAUUAUAUGCUUCUCUUGGUUAUCCUUUCAACUCCACCAAAACAAUUUCAAAUUGCUUUUAAAAUGUUUGAUCUAAAUGGCGACGGUGAAGUAGAAUUUGAGGAAUUUGAAAAAGUAAGAAAGUUACUUGGAAGACAAACAAGUAUGGGAAUGAGACACAGAGAUCACGCUGUUACUGGAAAUACAUUAAAAUCAAUGAAUACAGCAUUGUCUACUUAUUUCUUCGGAAGGGAUCAUUCUAAGAAACUUACUGUUGAUAAAUUCCUAGAUUUUCAGAAACAACUGCAAAAUGAAAUAUUGCUUCUCGAGUUUAAUAGAUAUGAUCCUGAGGAUGGUAAAAUAUCCGAACGUGACUUUUCUGAAAUUUUGAUUGUUUAUGCAAAGUUUUCCGAUGCAAGAAAGAGGAAAAUGUUAGCCAGAGUAAAGAAAGCUUAUAAAGGAGAAUCACAGGGUAUUACUUUCAAAGAGUUUGUUGACUUUUAUCAAGUUAUGCAAUUCAUUAAUGAUAUUGAUACCGCUCUAAUGUUUUAUCAUUUGGCUGGAGCGUCUAUUGAUCAGGCAACAUUCAAACACGUUGCAAAAACUGUUGCAAACGUAAAUCUAAGUGACCAUCUUGUCCAAGUUGUCUUCACCCUAUUUGAUGAAAACGAUGAUGGAGAAUUGAGUAAUAAAGAGUUUGUCAGUGUAAUUAAAAGAAGAAUGAUGAGGGGUUUGGAUAAGAAUAAAGAUACUGGUUUCACAAAGUUGAUCAAUGCAAUGUGGAAAUGUGCAAAAAAUCAGACUCCUUCAAUUGUUGAUUAG